AUGGCGGACGGAGGCCAUCCGAACCUGAACCUGACACCAGAGGAGAAGCGGGUGUUUUAUAAACUAUUUCAAGCGGCGGAUAAGACAAAUCUCGGCGUUAUAACUGGUGAAGUGGCCGUUUCUUUCUUUGAGAGGAGCAGUCUUCCUGCGGAAACGUUGGGUUUGAUAUGGCAAAUUGCUGAUACGCAGAAUCGCGGGCUCCUGACCCCGUCUGGGUUUGGAGUGGUUAUGCGGUUGAUCGGACAUGCGCAAGCUGGCCGAGCACCGACGGAAGAAUUGGCAUUGCAACCUGGUCCAUUGCCGAAGUUUACUGGAUUAAAUGAUGAUAUUAUGGAGCCCAUGCCACAGGCGGCAACCGUCACGGCCAGUCCCCCGCCAGGAACGGCACCUGUUAGAAUCCCACCAUUGGUUCCCGAAGACGUUGCUAAGUUUACUUCGUUGUUUGAGAGGUCAGAUGUUCAGAAUGGGCUUCUCUCAGGUGAAAAUGCGAAACAGAUAUUUGAACGCGCACGAUUGCCAAACGAAGUUUUGGGAAAAAUAUGGAAUCUGGCGGACACGAAACAACGAGGCGCUUUAGAUGCGACAGAAUUUAUUAUUGCCAUGCAUUUGUUAAGUGCGUAUCGAAAUGGCACGAUGAGGAUCUUACCUCAGUCCCUCCCUCCUGGUUUCUACGAUGCGGCUGCUCGACGUGGUGGCGUGCGGAUCUCAAUUGGUUCGCGGUCCUCCACGGAUAUACCCCCUGUACCUGCCAUUCCGAAGCAAUUCAGUGGAUCAGGGCUUCCCCAACGAGCACAGAGUCCCCUCAGUCGACCACCCCAGUUCCAGUCAAGUAUCCCCGUGCAGUCUACCGGGAGCGACUGGACGAUUACACCCCAGGAAAAAGCUCAUUUCGAUACCGUGUUCACUUCUGUUGAUAAAGCAAAUUUGGGUUAUAUUACUGGCGAUCAGGCGGUUGAAUUCUUCACCCAUGCGCAGUUGCCAGAGGAAACCUUGGCCUCCAUAUGGGACUUGGCCGAUAUUGACUCCGAUGGUCAGUUGAGUAAGGAUGAGUUUGCGGUUGCAAUGUAUCUGGUUCGGCAGCAGCGGACCACUCGAGAGCCGCUGCCGCAGGCACUCCCUCCAGUUUUGAUUCCCCCAAGCAUGCGACUCCAGCCCACUCCUGCUCCUCGGCUAGUCCCACAAAACACAGCGCAACGCUCUGCGGCAGAGGAUUUGUUUGGACUGGAUGUGUUUGGACCCCCGCCUCAAGUGGCCCAGACCACUGGUAGCUCCAAUACUCACCAGUCUCCCUCAUCGCCCACCCAGUCACCACUUGGGACUUCAGCAACAUCAACAUUCAAGCCAUUCAUUCCCUCAUCGAGCUUUGGCCAGAGUCUCACCCCGCACGUGACGGGCUUAUCGAACGCAUCUACACAACAUCGAUCUCCACCACCGUUACCGGCGUCGCAUGAUCUAUUGGGCGAUGUCGAUCCUGAAGAGAGCAAGAAGUUGACGCAAGACACCACAGAUUUAGCAAAUCUCUCAAACCAGAUUGGUAGCUUGUCAAAGGAGAUGCAGAACAUGCAAGGGAAACGUGCGGUGGCUGAGCAGGAUUUAAACAAAACUAGCCAGCAGAAGAAAGAUUUUGAAACCAGACUAGCUCAAGCUAGAGCAAUGUUUGACCAGGAAAUGAAAGAUUUCAAGGCUCUAGAAGAUCGGUUAGCGGCGUCUCGUACAGAGACAAAAAAGUUACAACAGGAUUUUGCCUUGAUUGACGCUAGUCGUCAGGACCUCCAAAACCAAUAUAACCAAGUGAAUGCUGCACUGGACGCUGACCAAUGCGAGAGCGCUAGCCUCAAGGAAAAAAUCCGCCAGGCUAACGCGCAAGUUAAUCAAUUGAAGCCGCAGUUGGAAAAGGUCCGUUCUGCGGCUCGUCAGCAAAAGGGUCUAGUAGCCAUCAACAAAAAGCAGCUUGCAACCGUUGAAGGCGAGCGCGAUCGAAUGCAAGGUGAAAUCGAUAGCACUACCAGGGAAGUAGAGAUGUUACAGCACCAACAAUCUCAAGCGUCCACUCCCAUUUCCCAACCUGCUUCCGUUACAAGCCCUGCACCUUCAACCUCAAGCCAAACGAACCCCUUUUUCAGACGAACGACGGGUUUGUCUGAAAACUUUAUUCCUCCUCCAGCAUCCCCCCAGGAAUCACCAAGAGAUGCCCAGAGCGUAUUUGAGAAUGUUUUUGGCCCAUCGUUUACUCUUCCUACUUCUACGGCCACUCCACCGCCACCAACGUCGUUUCGAACUGAAUCUCCCGCUCAAAACACUCCAACAGCGGGGGCUGGACCUCAAAAGACAUCAGAUACAUCCUGUUUCUUGACCCCGUCUGCCUCUCCCAACUCAUUCGAGCCUCCCCCUCCCUCACAAUCUCGGCAAAUCUCAUCCAGCCAGCUUCCAAUUGAAGGCCACCAAACCUCAGAGGCUUCUUCUGUCAAACCGUCCCCGCCAGCUAGUCGUUUUGGAGCUUCUGUAGUCUCAGAAUCCGAUACGCGCUCGUCAACGAAGUCUCCAUUCGAUAUUGCAGUGGCAAAACCUGAGGUAGAUCUGGAGAGAGCGUCAAGCGUGUCGGACGAAGGCAGCAACCAGGCUCGACAUCAGCAUGAAGCUUCUCCUGUUCCUGGCUCCUUCCCUGCAGACUCAGCGCCAUCUGGAUCUGUUAAGAAGGAUGUCAGCUUUGACGAACUAUUUGGUGGCGUUGCCCAUGCUCGAUCCCCUUCUCAAAAAGCCAAUGACUUUGAGGAGGCCUUUGCGGCUAUGAAAAUGAAAAGCGGGAGCAGCGGUUCUGGAUUCCCAGAAUCCAGUGGCUCUAAGUCAAAUGAGGAAUCGAAAGAGUUCCCUCCAAUUCAAGAGCUGGAUGACGAUGAUGAGAGUACAGAUAGUGAAGCGGCCAGGGGUUUCGAUGAUGAUUUCUCACCUGCUUCACCGCUACGGCCAAAUGAGACAACUUCCCGGGACAUCAUUGCCCCUAAGCCAUUCGACCCAGCCUCCGAAAGUUCACUCCUGUCCAAAACGAACGGCCAGGACACCUCGAAGGAAGCCUCAUCCGCUGCGCGGCACGAAUCUAACGGCAUGUCAUCAGUUGAGGUAAACAGCACAGGAACCUCUCAGCCAGCUGAACCGAGCAAGAAGAAAUCAGCAGCUACUGAUUUCGAGGCGGCUUUCGCGGGUUUAGACCUCGCACCAGCGAGAGAAGCAGACGACGAUGAAGACGAUUUCGAAUCACCAUUCAACAAAGAAACAUCGAAUUUUGACAUGACAUUUGACUCACCCGUUGCACCGUCGAAAUCAAGCACAAUUGCCAACGCCACCUUCACUUCCAGCACAGGAUCAGGCAACAACAUUGUAGACCCUGAUUUCUUCAGCUUCGACAACCAACAACCGCAAAACCAAAAAUCAUCCUCUCCUUCUCCCUUCUCGCAGAAAUCGGGCCCUUCAACAGCUCCGGCACCCUCUUCAGGAAACGGUACACAAGACUGGGACGCCUUAUUCUCCGUCCUCGACCGCUCAAAACUCCCCUCCUACGACUCCAAUAGCAAUAAUAAGGGCGCGUCUUCAACACAGCAAUCGGAUGCCACAGCAAUAUCCUCCUUUCCCCAGCCACCAGGAAAGGACGUCAAGCCACCCGGCUGGGCACUUGGUGCCGAUUCGGGCGAGGACGAUUUGAUUCUACAGCGGUUGACGGGUAUGGGGUACCCGCGGGACGAAUCAUUGGCGGCUCUGGAGAAAUUUGACUAUAAUCUUGAACAGGUGGGUUGA